UUCCAGAGUCCUUCACACCAGUUUUCUAUCCGUAAUCGCAGAGCCACCGCUGAGCAUCCGCCCUCCCUCACUUGCGACUGCCGCCGAGCGUCCUCCCUCCCUGGAUGAUCUCCAAACACGUGUCCCGACCGCCGCCGAUCCUGGAUCGCAGAGCCGCCGAGCUUCCUCCCUCCCUCGCUUGCGUACGCCGCCGAGCUUCCUCCCUCCCUGGUCGAGCUCCAAACCCGCGUCCCGACCGCUGCCGAACCCACGCAGAUCGCACCCCCUAGCUUCGGCGUGUCGAGCUCCACCCUCGCGACGGGUCGCUGCGCCAAGCGUCGGCACGUCGGACGCGGCCCAAACAGAGGCCGCGCCUAGCAUCGGUGCAGGGGCACCUCGCCCACGGAUCAAGACAUACUUGCCCUUGGUGAGUGGUGGUCGUGAACCCUAACCUCAUGUUUUUUUUCUGCAACAGGCCUACGUGUUUCAUUCGCCAUCACUGGCCGAACAUGCUCUUGGACGGACGCUAUGCGACCUCGCGCUCUUGGACGAGGGAGCCAUCAAUUGCGGCAGCUGCGCCAUUCUCCGGAAGACGGACGUCCACGCCCGCGACAACGCCGACGAACACAGUCUACGUCGAUGGCGCGACGCGGCGGCUGCGAGCAUCGUGUUCCUCUUGGGGAUAUAAGCAACACACAGAAUCGGAAAACUGGUUCUAAUAAAAGGUCAAGAGAAUUGGAAGGCGGCGGCAAAAAGCAAGAGAACAUUAUGCGAAUAUGCCGCUAGAGAAGAAAGCAGAACUUAAUGCAAAGAAAAGAGAAAACUAUCAUCGACGACAAGCAGAGAAACGAUCAAUAGAUAUGACAGAUACACCUCAGUCUGGAGUGUUACAUGUUCAUGAAGUUCCUUGUUUGAUGGAUACACCUCCGUCGGUAGUGUUCCACAUUUCUGGGAGUGCUGGAAUGUCAUGCACUCCAUCUUCGGCGCUGUUGCAUGUGGAUGGAACUACAAUUUUCAGUUGGACUAUGGGUGUGGCUGCAAGUGAGCAAGAACACGUGCUCAGUAGUCAACAUCCAGCAGGGUUGACAGAUACACCCCGAUCAGGAGUGGUACAACUUGAUAGAAUCUCAUCUUUCAUGGAAACACCUCCACUACUAGAAAACGGGCCUUGGGCACCGGCUGAGAAAGGCCACGCUGCCACACUGACGUAAGGUGGCAGCCC